CUGAUACAAAUUAUUUAUUUAUGGGAGAUUAUGUUGAUCGUGGUUAUUAUUCAGUUGAAACUGUAACAUUAUUAGUUGCACUUAAAGUUCGUUAUAAAGAUCGAAUAACAAUUCUUCGUGGUAAUCAUGAAUCUCGACAAAUUACACAAGUCUAUGGAUUUUAUGAUGAAUGUUUAAGAAAAUAUGGCAAUGCUAAUGUAUGGAAAUAUUUUACAGAUUUAUUUGAUUAUCUUCCAUUAACAGCUAUUGUUGAUAAUCAAAUAUUUUGUUUACAUGGUGGACUUAGUCCAUCAAUUGAUACAUUAGAUCAUAUUCGAGCAUUAGAUCGAAUUCAAGAAGUUCCACAUGAAGGACCUAUGUGUGAUUUAUUAUGGUCAGAUCCAGAUGAUCGUGGUGGUUGGGGUAUUUCACCUCGAGGUGCCGGUUAUACAUUUGGACAAGAUAUUUCAGAAACAUUCAACCAUACAAAUGGUCUUCAACUUGUUUCACGUGCUCAUCAAUUGGUUAUGGAAGGUUACAAUUGGUGUCAUGAUAAAAAUGUCGUAACAAUAUUUUCAGCACCAAAUUAUUGUUAUCGUUGCGGUAAUCAAGCAGCAAUCAUGGAACUUGACGAUUCAUUAAAAUAUUCAUUUCUUCAAUUUGAUCCAGCACCACGUCGUGGUGAACCACAUGUAACACGUAAAACGCCGGACUACUUCCUUUAA